GUAUGAGCGGCGGUAAAGUGAUGUGUAGAGUGAGGUUAGACAGAGGCGGUUAUGUGCCCGGAGAGAGCAUUUGUAUUAACGCUAUCAUCGAUAACGAUAGCAAAUGUGUUAUUAAGAAAACUCGUGCUGUUUUGACAGAAACUAUUCAAUACACGGCGAAGAAUAAAGUGGUGUUCACUGAGACCCGAGAGUUGGCCGCUAUGGAGAAGGCAAAGAUUGGAGCCAAUUGUGCCGAACAGUGGAAGAAUGAGCUCUUGUAUAUACCACCCAUUCCUCCAACUAAUCUAAGGGGCUGUCAUUUGAUUCAAAUCCAAUAUGAUCUUUAUUUUAUAAUAACCCCGAAAGGCGCCAAUAAGGCGGUGAGAUUGCAGUUACCGAUAAUGAUGGCCACUUAUCCCAUCAGGAAUAGUGACGGAACCCUCAAGAGAAGGAAAGGCACAUAUUAUCCGUCCACACUUCCCACGACCCGUCCCUGGCUGUCCACCUCUGAAGGCAAACUCAAAUAGUUAUUACAACUCUAUUAUGUCAUCACUUUCUUCGAGU